AUGGCACCUGCCGGCUGCCGCUGCCGCUGCCGCCGGGCAGACGCUGCGGCCGCCGCCGCUCGGCGCGCGCUGGUGCCGCCGCUGCUGCUGCUGCUCGCGGUCCUGCCGUCCGGGAGGCCGGGCGCGCUGGCCACCGAGCACUACACGCCGCUGUCGCUGCUCAAGCAGGAGCUGCAGCACCGGCAGCAGGAGGCCCCGGCGGGCGGCGGCGGCUGCAGCCCGCAGUCCGGGGACUGGGGGGACCAGUUCGCGGCCGAGUGCGGCGAGUCCUCCUUCCUGAGCUUCCACGACUCGGACUGCGAGCCCCGGGGACCGCUGCCCUGCGACUCUCUGCUUUCCCUCAACACGGAGAAGAUCCUGAGCCAGGCCAAGUCGGUCGCAGAACAGAAGAGAUUUCCCUUUGCUACUGACGACGACAGCACUAACGAGCAGCUGGCUAUUGCCUAUGUGUUGAUUGGCAGUGGUCUCUAUGAUGAAGCCAUUAGACAUUUCUCAACAAUGCUUCAGGAGGAGCCUGAUCUGGUUAGUGCCAUUUAUGGCCGAGGCAUAGCCUAUGGAAAGAAGGGCCUACAUGACAUUAAGAAUGCCGAACUUGCUCUGUUCGAGCUGAGCCGGGUCAUUUCCCUGGAACCAGACCGCCCAGAGGUAUUUGAGCAGCGAGCUGAAAUUCUCUCCCCCCUGGGACGAAUUAACGAGGCCGUGAGCGACCUGACGAAGGCCAUCCAGCUGCAGCCCUCCGCGCGCCUGUACCGACACCGGGGGACCCUGCACUUCAUCUCCGAGGACUACGCCACGGCCCACCAAGACUUCCAGCAGUCCCUGGAGCUGAACAGGAACCAGCCCAUCGCCAUGCUGUACAAGGGGCUGACCUUCUUCCACCGAGGCCUGCUCAAGGAAGCGAUCGAAUCCUUCAAAGAAGCGCUGAAGCAGAAGGUUGACUUCAUCGAUGCGUACAAAAGCCUGGGGCAGGCCUACAGGGAGCUGGGCAACUUCGAGGCCGCCACCGAGAGCUUCCAGAAGGCUCUGCUGCUCAACCAGAACCACGUGCAGACCCUGCAGCUCCGGGGCCUGAUGCUCUAUCACCACGGCAGCCUGCAGGAGGCGCUGAAGAACUUCAAGCGGUGUCUGCAGCUGGAGCCCUACAACGAGGUGUGCCAGUACAUGAGGGGCCUCAGCCACGUGGCCAUGGGCCAGUUCUACGAGGGCAUCAAGGCGCAGACCAAAGUCAUGCUCAACGACCCGCUCCCCGGCCAGAAGGCCAGCCCCGAGUACCUGAAGGUGAAGUACCUACGCGAGUACUCCCGGUACCUCCACUCGCACCUGGACACGCCCCUCACGGAGUACAACGUGGACGCGGACCUGCCCGGGAGCUUCAAGGACCACUGGGCCAAGAGCCUGCCCUUCCUCAUAGAGGAUUACGAGGAGCAGCCGGGCCUGCAGCCCCACAUCAAGGAUGUGCUGCACCAGAACUUCCAGAGCUACAAGCCCGAGGUACAGGAGCUCAUCUGCGUGGCGGACCGCCUGGGCUCGCUGAUGCAGUACGAGACGCCGGGCUUCCUGCCCAACAAGAGGAUCCACAGAGCCAUGGGCCUGGCCGCGCUGGAGGUCAUGCAGGCCGUGCAGCGGACCUGGACCAGCUCGAAGGUGCGCAUGAACGGGAAGACGCGGCUGAUGCAGUGGAGGGACAUGUUCGACAUCGCAGUGAAGUGGAGACGGAUCGCCGACCCGGACCAGCCGGUGCUGUGGUUAGACCAGAUGCCGGCACGCAGUCUGAGCAGAGGUUUUAACAACCACAUCAAUUUAAUCAGGGGCCAGGUGGUAAACAUGCGCUAUCUGGAGUACUUCGAGAAGAUUCUUCAUUUUAUUAAAGACAGGAUUCUUAUUUAUCACGGUGCCAACAACCCCAAAGGCCUGCUGGAGGUGAGGGAGGCCCUGGAGAAGGUGCAUAAGGUGGAGGACCUGCUUCCCAUCAUGAAGCAGUUCAACACGAAGACCAAGGACGGCUUCACGGUGAACACCAAGGUGCCCAGCCUCAAGGACCAGGGCAAGGAGUACGACGGCUUCACCAUCACCAUCACGGGGGACAGGGUCGGCAACAUCCUGUUUUCUGUGGAGACUCAGACCACGGAGGAGAGGACCCAGUUAUAUCACGCGGAAAUCGACGCCCUCUACAGAGACCUGACCGCCAAAGGCAAAGUGCUCAUCCUCUCGUCCGAGUUCGGGGAGGCUGACGCUGUUUGCAACUUAAUCUUAUCCUUAGUUUAUUACUUCUAUAACUUGAUGCCGCUCUCUCGAGGAUCCAGCGUGAUCGCGUACUCGGUGAUCGUGGGGGCGCUGAUGGCCAGCGGCAAGGAGGUAGCCGGCAAGAUCCCCAAGGGCAAGCUGGUUGACUUCGAAGCCAUGACAGCCCCCGGCUCCGAGGCCUUCAGCAAAGCAGCCAGGAGCUGGAUGAACUUGAAAAGCAUCCCGCCUUCCUACAAGGCCCUGCCCUCCGUGUCGGAGACCUUCCCCACGCUGCGGUCCAUGAUCGAGGCGCUCAACGCCGACGCCUCGCCGCGCUGCCUGCAGCAGCUCUAG